UUCCAGUGGCCGCGCUCCGGUGCGGUGGCGCCAGAGGGCCGAGGCGGAAGUGGGGCGGCCACCCCGGGAGGCGAGGGCUCGGGGUCGGCGGUCGAGGGGCGCUGACGAGGGGCGCAGAGCUUAGGAAGGGCGCGUGCGCAGCGACAGGCCCCGGGGGAGGAGGCAGGGCAGGGCCGGGCGCGGGGGUCGGUGGUCCCGGCAUCCAGCCUGGAAGAUGCACAAGAGGAAAGCACCCCCAGGACCCCCGGGCCGAGGCGCCGCUGCCGCCCGCCAGCUGGGCCUGCUAGUUGACCUCUCCCCAGACGGCCUGAUGAUCCCCGAGGAUGGAGUUAAUGAUGAGGAACUGGAGGCUGAGUUCUUGGCCUUGGUGGGGGGCCAGCCCCCAGACCUGGAGAAGCUCAAAGGCAAAGGUCCCCUGCCUAUGGAGGCCAUCGAGAAGAUGGCCAGACUGUGCAUGAGAGACCCGGAUGAGGACGAGGAGGAGGGGACAGACGAGGAUGACGUGGAGGCUGAUGAUGACCUGCUGGCAGAACUAAAUGAGGUCCUUGGAGGGGAGCAGAAGACGUCAGAGCCCCAGCCACCUGUGGCCCAGCUGAAGCCUGCAGCCCCCUGCCCAGGGGUGGAGGCCACCUUGCAGGAGAGAUUGGCUCUCUACCAGACAGCAAUGGAAAGCGCCAGGCAAGCUGGGGACAGUGCCAAGAUACGGCGCUAUGACCGGGGACUUAAGACAUUGGAAAACCUGCUGGCCUCCGUCCAGAAGGGCAAUGCCAUCGACGAGGGGGACAUCCCGCCGCCCGUGGCUGUAGGGAAGGGCCCAGCAUCCACGCCCAGCCAAACCCCCGCACCCAUCCAGCUGGUCACUACAAUCACACCAGCCCCGGAGCCCAGGGUCACCAUGGAAGGGCCACCUCCCACUGCCCCAGCCUUGUCCCCAGGCUCAGCUAAGCUCCAGCUGCCCCCAGGCCCCUGCGGCCCUGGUCCCCUAGCCCAGUUGCAGAGCCGCCAGCGGGAAUACAAGCUGGCUGCCCUCCACGCCAAGCAGCAGGGAGAUACCGCUGCAGCCGCCAGACACUUCCGUGUGGCCAAGAGCUUCGAUGCUAUCUUGGAGGCUCUGAGUCGGGGGGAGCCCGUGGACCUGUCCCGCCUGCCCCCUCCACCUGAUCAGCUGCCCCCGGACCCACCAUCACCACCACCGCAGCCUCCGACUCCUGCCACGGCACCCUCCAUGCCAGAGGUUCCCCCACCCCCACGGACCCUGCUGGAGGCGCUGGAGCAACGGAUGGAGCGGUACCAUGUGGCCGCAGCCCAGGCCAAGGCCAAGGGGGACCAGCGGAAAGCCCGCAUGCACGAGCGCAUCGUCAAGCAAUACCAAGAUGCCAUCCGAGCCCACAAGGCGGGCCGAGCCGUGGACGUGGCUGAACUACCUGUGCCCCCAGGCUUUCCCCCCAUCCAGGGCCUGGAGGCCACCGAGCCCACCCAGCAGAGCCUGGUGGGGGUCCUAGAGACUGCCAUGAAGCUGGCCAACCAGGACGAAGGCCCAGAGGACGAAGAGGAUGAGGCGCCUAAGAAGCAGCUAAACAGUCCUGUGGCUCCCACAGCCCAGCCCAAGGCCCCACCCUCAAGGGCUCCCCAGUCAGGAUCAGCCCCAGCAGCCAAAGCAGCCCCCAAAGGCACAUCCACCAGAGCUCAGCAGCAGCUGGCCUUCCUGGAGGGCCGCAAGAAGCAGCUCCUGCAGGCCGCACUGCGAGCCAAGCAAAAGAAUGACAUGGAGGGUGCCAAGAUGCACCUGCGCCAGGCCAAGGGACUGGAGCCCAUGCUGGAGGCCUCGCGCAACGGGCUGCCUGUGGACAUUGCCAAGGUGCCGCCUGCCCCCGUCAACAAGGAUGACUUUGCCCUGGUCCAGCGGCCUGGCCCCGGUCUGUCUCAGGAGGCCAUCCGGCGCUACGGUGAACUCACCAAGCUGAUACGACAGCAGCAUGAGAUGUGCCUGAACCACUCUAACCAAUUCACCCAGCUGGGCAACAUCACUGAAACCAGCAAGUUUGAGAAGCUGGCAGAGGACUGUAAGCGGAGCAUGGAGACUCUGAAGCAGGCCUUCGCUCGGGGUCUCCCAACACCUGUCGCCCGCUUCGAGCAGAGGACCAUCAGCAUCAUCAAGAUCUUCCCCGACCUCAGCAGCAACGACAUGCUCCUUUUCAUCGUGAAGGGCAUCAACUUGCCCACACCUGCAGGGCUGUCCCCCAGCGACCUGGAUGUCUUUGUCCGGUUUGAUUUCCCCUAUCCCAACGUGGAGGAAGCUCAGAAAGACAAGACCAGCGUGAUCAAGAACACAGACUCUCCUGAGUUCAAAGAGCAGUUCAAACUCUGCAUCAACCGCAGCCACCGUGGCUUCCGAAGAGCCAUCCAGACCAAAGGCAUCAAGUUUGAAGUCGUCCACAAGGGAGGGCUAUUCAAGACUGACCGGGUGCUGGGGACAGCGCAGCUGAAGCUGGACACCCUGGACUCAGCGUGUGAGGUCCGGGAGAUCCUUGAGGUUCUAGAUGGUCGCCGGCCCACAGGGGGGCGGCUGGAGGUGAUGGUCAGGAUUCGGGAGCCACUGACAGCCCAGCAAUUGGAGACAACGACCGAGAGGUGGCUGGUCAUAGACCCCGUGCCAGCAGCUGUGCCCACACAGGUGGCAGGGCCCAGAGGAAAAGCCCCUCCCAUGCCAGCCCCUGCAAGGGAACCAGGUAACAGAUCAGCCCGGCCCAUGCAUAGCCUCAGUGUGCUGGCCUUCGACCAAGAGCGUCUGGAGCGGAAGAUCCUAGCCCUCAGGCAGGCGCGGCGGCCAGUGCCCCCAGAGGUGGCUCAGCAGUACCAGGACAUCGUGCAACGCAGCCAGUGGCAGAGAGCACAGCUGGAGCAGGGGGGCACAGCCGUCCGGAGGGAGUACGCAGCCCAGCUGGAGCGUCAGCUGCAGUUCUACACGGAGGCCGCCCGGCGCCUGGGCAGCGACGGCAGCAGGGACGCCGCAAAGGAGGCGCUCUACAGGCGGAACCUGGUCGAGAGUGAGCUGCAGCGGCUCCGCAGGUGAGGGCCUGAGGGGGCAGGCAGCCCACAGCCCGGCACUGGAAAGAGCAGACAGCCACCGACCAGACAAGCAGACAAUCACUGGACAAUCGGCUCUGGACUCGUCCCCCACCCAGGUCCCCAGCCCAGCCAGAGCCUCCGUGGCUGGGAGUGUCAGGGAUGGUGCCCUCCAGCCAGCGUGUGCCCCAGGCCUGGCUGAGUGGGCCCCAGAGAGAGUCCUGUUUGCACAGUCCAGGGGUAUCUGGCCUCUGGCCUACCCUGGAGUAGGGAGGGGUGGCUGGGACCAAGCCCCGAGGGCCCCUGCAAGCACUUUACUUCCUGUCCCUCCCUGGCCUUAACCCUAAAACCCUCUCACACCCCAAAGAAGCCGCUGAGGCUGGCCGAGCCCUGCUGGCUCCCCAGGGGGUUGCCUGGCCCAGCUGGGCCCCCAGGGCCAAAAAACAGAAUAAACAGCCAGGGCCACACCCGA